CGGUUUGUGUAUUGUAUUUCUGUUCUGAGAAUGGCCACACGGCUUUCUGUGUGUGAGUGAGUGAGUGAGUUUAAAAUGUACGAGUACUGUAUGUAUGCGAGCGAUCGGUUGACUGUGAUCCCUGAUUAGGAUACUAUUAUUAUUACAAGCGGCGCGUUUAUAUAAGGAAAUGGGACGACGGCUUAUGUAGUUGCUAGUUGCUAUUCAGCGUAUAAAUGGUUAAUGUCAAGUUUCAUUUCUGCGCGAGGGAGUGUGUUGUAAGCGUGUCCGUGAGUGCCUUGUGUAGGUGUGUAUGUUAGCAGCCUUUUGUUAAAACGACGAGUUUUGUAGCAAUUGUAACUAUUUAUUUUUUAUUUUAUUUUCAAUCGCAGCUGCAAUAAAUUACGUUGCACUUCAUCUGCUUUGUUUAUAAGCCGGAUACAAUAGGUUUAUGAGCCCGGAUACAAUACGAUUUAUGUUUUUAAAAUGUUGAAGACUUUAACUAAAAAGCUGAGAAGACACUCUUUAAAUGAAACCCAGCCUUUUCAAUUGAAGAUAUCAUACCAUGCAAGUGAUGAUGGGGACGAGAGUGACGAUUUGGAGGGAGAGAACCAGGAGCUGGUGCAGAUUGACAGAGAAAUGAAACAGAACUGCAGCCAGAGCCCUCUGGCCACCAACCAGCUGCAGAACCAGGAGGCCUUGUCACUGGCGCGUGUGCGGAAGCUACGGAUUCUGUUUGACCCGGGCCUGGACCGGCACAGCUCAGAGGAAGAGCUGGAGCGAAUCAGCCGUGAAUUCCUGCAGCAGGACAGCGAGGGCAGGAAGUGGGGCCUGCAGCGGACAGGGCGGGGCGGUCGCCAUGGUGAUGCCAGCACCUCUUCAAGUGAUGAAGAGGUCAAGGCCCUGUGUGGCCCAGUGGAGCCUGACACCCGACUGUGUGUCUCCCCCAGUCCUGUGCCAUUCAGUGCCUCCCCACCGCACAGACUGGUCAGGGAACAAGCCAGACCUAUUAUCCUGGCUCACUUCGACCAGUCUGCAUCGUAUAAACGACAACGAAACCAGGGCAGGCCCAGUCUAGACUUGGAGAAAAUGCAACAGCAGAUGCUGUUUAAGAAAAAUUGUGUCGGGAAAACGAGAAUUGUAAAGAUCCGGAGUAUCAGUGGCAGCUGCCCCCCUCCCAGGUACAUCUACGACCCAUCAUCCUUUACCUUCCGCUCGCUGACCACCUUCAGACCGCAAAGUCCGCUGACGGCUGCUGAGGAGACACCAUGUGCCUGAUAACCUCGCCUUAGGAACAAACACACCUGGGAACUGCAGUUGGGUUGAAAUUGUGUUUGUCUACUGUGAAAGUAUUAAAAGAAGGAAUGAUGAUACAAGACAAAAGCUUGGUCCUUUUUAAAUGGUUAAAAAGGAAACACAACCUGUCUCAGGAAUUGUAAUUACAGGAGCAUGGUGAACACUGUAUGGCUGGACUAUGAAAGACAAAGGGCUGUGGAACACAAAGAGGAGCACCAAUUGCACAGGCUCCAUUUUGUUCUGUGAACAAAAGUUUAAAAUGUAUUUCCCUGCCAAGCAAUGCUAGGAAUCGAUCUAGUGUUAAACAGAUUGAAACAACUAACAUUAUUUAUUAUUAAUAUUAUCAAGCAAGUUCAAUACCCCUCCGGUGGAAACAGGGUUUUUAGGUUUGCUACAGUUCGUUGUCUUAUAGUCAUAGCUCCUUCUGCUAAUUACUUUGUAUCUCAUUAGACACAUAUUGUUCUUCCAGAGCUAAAACUAUGUUACACUUUUAGAUAGAUGAAGACAAAAAUGUCUUCAUCUAGACAAUGUGGGGAAGCUAUUAAAAAGGCCAACAAAAUGCAUUGCUAUGUUGUAAAAUGUGUUGAAUUUAAAUGAAUAGAGGUAAAGUUAAAACUUUACAAUGCAUUUUAAGACCUCAUCUAGAAUAUUGUGUUCAGUUCUGGUCACCUCGCUACAGAAAGGAUAUUGCUGCUCUAGAAAGAGUGCAAAGAAGAGCGACCAGAAUUAUUCCUGGUUUAAAAGGCAUGUCAUAUGCAGACAGGCUAAAAGAACUGAAUCUAUUCAGUCUUGAACAAAGAAGACUAUGUGGCGAUUUGAUUCAAGCAUUCAAAAUUCUAAAAGGUAUUGACAAUGUCGACCCAGGGGAUGAUACUCUAAAGUCAAUAAAGCCCGAGACUGGAGGUCAAGGGCAUUAUUUGAACAAUAAUAUAGUAUUAAGCAUAAGAAACUACAACAAAGUAUGUUAAAAAAUAAAAAAAACUACCGUUUCCAUCACACGCCACAGCAAUGCCAUUAUGCCACAAUUUUUUAAACUUGUGUAUUUAUUUACCGGUUUGUCUGAAAUAUUGUAGUCCACUGAAAGAGUUCAUUUUUAGCAAGCAGCGCUGUUAUUGUGUAAUAUUGUUUAAACAAUGGGUACUAUAGUGUUACACUACUAUAACCAAGCAGCAGAGUGUAGAUACCUAUACAUGAAGAUGACUAAUCUGUACUGUUUGUAAAAAUAUCUGCACUCUCUAGUUCAUAAAUAGGAAUUCAGCAUCAUAGGAGUCACCGGUUGAACAAUAUUAUUUCUAAAUUCUUUUAAACUGGCUUACUGAUAAAACUUAUUUUUAUUGGCUGUAUCAAUGAUUUGGCUUAGGAAGUUGUGCAUACAUUUGUUUACAAAUCUGGUCACAUAUCGUGGGCCAACCAUAAUACUUAAUGCGUCUGUAUUCAAUCCACAGCUACAAAACCUUACUGUAUUGGGAAUGCAUAGCAUUGUGACUGUUUUACAUACCAGUGUAUCAAGUGAAGUGCUUACUGCUUACUCCGGUGUGAUGAAACUUCAUUGGGACAUUUUUUAACAAAUGCUAUUAAGAGUAUCUGGAUCCAUCUGUCUGAAUGUCAAACUUACAUGUAGGUGUGGGGUUAGGAUUAUUUACUGCUUCAUGAUACCAGUAUCUCUUAUAUUGUGUUCACUGUCACGUUUUCACUUUUCACGUUCUCUUUUAUUAUAUUAUUUGCUCUGCACACACUCUUAACUCAGGGGAGACGUUAAGGAGGACAGAGAUGUUUAAAACUCCUAGUGGUUUAUGUUCGAGCACUGGACGAGCGGUGUGUCCUUAAAACCUUUUUAUUUAAUCAAGAAAAUCACUCAGACUCAUUUAUUCAAAGUUUCACGAAUCAGAGCAACAUCAGCGCUCCUUCGUUUUAUUAAAAUGCCUUUAAUAUUGGUUUAGUAGUUUGCGCAUACUACCAAAACCCGAAAACAUGUAACAAUAAUUAGCAAUCCUAAGUUUAUUACAAGCUUCAGCAUUUAAUACUUCAAUAACAUAAUACAAUUAUAUGUAUUCAGUGCAGCCCUCAGGCUGGUUAAGCACAAAGCCUACAAGCACCCACUGCUAUGUUUUAGCACAUUCAAUAUAACACUCUUAAUACCAAAACAUAGUUUCAAAACCUCAUAGCAAUAUAACCAAUAAAUGCGAGAUAACAAUAUUACCAUUAAUAUGCUUACCUCCCAUUAUAAGGAAGAGUAGCGUGAACAAAAGAGAAGGACUGUUCUGUAGAGAUCUGCAAAGGAUGGACCACACAUAGCCCUGCCAAGCUUGAUUGUGGUGGUCUCAGUGUGAUCGGCCCAGGGUUUUUAUACAAUUUUCGUCCCAUUGAAAGCAAUGGGAAGCCCCAAUUAGAUCCAGUCAUCAAUCUAUAUUGACAGUCCUUAUCUCUUGGCAAACAGUAAUCUCUAAAGAAUUCAACCAACUCCUCAGACUCAAUUAAAGUCAUAUGCCAACAAAUCAACACUAGCCCAUGUUCUCAUCCACUCAUUCUUGGCCCCCCUCCUUCAUCUGAAAAGUUAGGUGAAGCAGAGUUCACAAAAUCCCUGCAACCUUGAUUCACUACUUAAUAUGGGUGCAUUAUAAAAAGGAGUGGUGUUUUAAAUAUAUGCAACACCAAUAUAAGAAAAGUGGUGUUUUUUGAAUAUAUGCAACACCAAUAGUUAUAUGAUAAUAUAGCAGUUAUAGUUAUAAUGAUUAUAAUUGAUUACAUGAACUUGGCUUUCAAAAAUAUAUUCCCUCAUGUCAUCUCACUCUCAAAUUAAUUUCAUUCUUUCCUUACAGGUGUGUGUUUAGCAGGUAUUAUAGGGAACUUCCAUCUUAUAUCUUUUUAAUGUAGAGUUUUCUCCUUAUGGAAAACCUAACUAUUUUACUGAGCUGUAAAGCUGUAAUGUUUUUCUCCUAUGGGCCCCUGGUAGCUUGAACUUAAUUGACAUCCAGAUGACCCUGUAUGUUUCAGCUAUACACAUACUGGCUAAAACCAGCUUGCUGGAGACACCUCUUUUCUUGCCAAGUUUAAUAGUGAUUAAUGUUCCCUAGAACUUUCCUUACACCUGUAUCUUACGUGCUUGUUCCGCCCGACAACUAACUAUCUUAAGUGCUAAGACCAUCCGUUCUAACUCCCUAUUUUUGCAGUCCGGCCCGAUACUAUAAGCCUUCUGAUAAAAAAAUUCCGGCUUCUUCCCACCAAAGAGGCCUUCCAGCAGCUAAUAUUAAUUUCUCCAAGGGCAGGCUGAUAGAGAGUUCAAGAAGACAGGUCACAUAGAGUUUACUCUCCUAAAACCUAUCUCCUGCUUUUAUUCUUCAUUAUUUAUUCAAUCCUUUUAUUUUGCAUUUUAAACACAACAUCUUUUUAUGCUGCGUCUUUUAACUUCAGAGUCAAACUAGUACAUUACUUCUUAUAGCGUAUGGCUGCUAACCUUAUUACUUUCUGCUAGCAGCAGUAUAUCCGCAAUAUUACAAUAGGAUUUUAUUCAAUUUUUCUGCUCUCUAGUUGUGGUGUAUCUUCUGACAAUGCUUAUUUUCUUAAGUUAGAGUCUGCUUUUACUCUAGGUUGUUCUUACUCACCUACUUAUUUUAAAACUGAAUUACAAGCAGAAACCUACUCAAAGCGAGGUCUUUUAAUCCUUUUCUGUUUUUCUCUUUCCCUUAAGAAUACUCCUAACUCCUUUUCCCUUUAUAUUCAGAAGUUAUAAUUCUUGAAUGUAAGCACACAGUAAUUCUUUUCAUUGAAUUAGGACUCCGUUUUUAACUAUGCUCAUCUUGAUAGAAAACAGCUUCAGGUAUGCUAUCAUAUUAAGCAAAGUGAAUCAUAUGAUCUUAUACAUAAAAAUUGUUCAUAGUAUUUCAUACUAACAAUAAUUAUCACUACCUAUGAUUAUAUGUUACCACAGCAAUCUAUACCAUUUAAAACAAGCAUAUUAACAUACAUCUAUUAGUACAGCAUUAUUCUGUAGUCAAGCUGAAAAGUCUUAACAGAGAUUUCAGCACUAAAUUCUGGGAAUCGUGCCAAUUUUAAUAAGAGACUGCUCAAGGCCGGCCAGUGUAUCAAGUUGUACCAGAUUCUGUUUUUCGGUCUUACAGAGAGAGCACUUUACAGUAUUUGUUACAGACUAAAGAUUAUUCAAACAUUACAAAUGGUUACAGCACAUAUCAUCUCAUUAAUACAUUUCAUUUUUAAAUCAUCCAGUCCAUGUCCAAUGUUUCAGCUCGUUCCCAGCAGGACUCCACUUCUGUCUUGGGUUCAGCUCGGGUCGGCUCUGCAAACACCACAAUACCUAUUUUGCUCUACAUUAUUAGUGGGCAGACUUAAUACAACUGAAUCUGAAUCAAUCGAGGAGCCGUGAACUCUAGCCACUGAAAUUCUCCAUGCAAAGGAAUCCAAUUUCUUACUACACAUAAUAACUGGUUCGGGGUCAGCCGUGACAGAUCCCCCUUCAGGUUCCUCGAGAGACUCAGAUUCAAACACCGGCUCCUGCUCCUCAUAAAGAACACGAACAGAGGAAAGCCGAGGUGCAGUAUAACAACAUUGUUCACAUGUUUUUUUUUUUUAUUCUCAUUAUUCUUGUUAUAUUAAAUAUUUCAAACAGUUUCCAGAAUCCCUGCUGCUUUAUGAAAUGGAUGUUUGUCAUUCCCUGCUCAUAAAUAUAUGUCUGUCUAUACAGUAGGGUCUGCUGGAAAAGUAUUUAAAUAUCAUCCUAUGUAAAUGAAUCCCUAUAAAUCACCGGGUCAUAAGGAACCUGUUCAGCAAUUUCCAAUGCCUAUGCUAUGGGUUCUUGCUUAUUUAUUUUAUUUUAUAUUAUAAUUUUUAAAUGUAUUUUUAUUAUUAUUAUUAUUCUCUUGGAAAUCAGCUCGUAACAGAGAAAAAAGCGCUUGCUUCUCCUUCAAUGACCUGUUUCAUCGUUUGAUUAUUUAUUCACAAGGUCUCUAUUGAAAUAUGAGUGCAAGUUUUUCUUUGUCUUAUUACAAGCAGAUAUAUCUGUUAAAAUGAAUAUAUCACCGAGACUUAAAGAAUAAACUUCCACAUUUCUUAAUGUUAUUUUAUCAAUUGAUGUUACAAAAACCCAUAGUUGUUAAUCAAUUAUAUAUAAUCACUAAAACCAAGACAGGUUAAAAGUUAUUUUUUCAAACGUAUAACAUUUCAUUGCUUGCAAUAGCAUACCUAUCAACUUCUUCCACUAUACCUGCACCUAAAGAGUUAAAGUGGCUCUCAGCUGACUUGUUUAUCAGUGUUGUCAUGGUUUCCAAGCAAGGUUCACUCCUUUCAGUUCUGGUUACAGACUUACAAAAGUUAGUAUAUAUUUAAGACACAAAGACCAAGCUUCUUAUCUUUUCCAUUUGUCAAAAACACCCAGAGUACAUCAAAACUGAAUUUAAGAAAGUGUUAAAAGAAAAAAAUAUUCAUUGUACUUUUUUUUUCAAUAGUUCUGCAAUACAAAAGCUGCCUUCUGUGUUUCAAAAGCAAAGUGUAUAUUAACACACUUUCUCAAUAAACAGACAUAAGCAUUUUGUACUUUCCAAACUGCUCUCUUAAAUCCCUAUCAUUCUCAUUGCAUGGUUUUGCUUUACCUGUCAAGUCAAGGCAAUAAUUCUGUUACAUUCCUUUUGCAAAAACAAAACACAAAAGCUUUAGUUUUAUUUUAACGAUGUAACCAGUAAAAUAAUCACAUUUAUAAUAUAAAAGUUUUUACUUUCAUUACUGUUCAAAUGUAUUAUUACUAAUUAUUUAUUUUUAAGUUUUAUUCUUAUUUUUGUUUUUUCCAAUUCAUGUAAUAAAAUAAGACGAAACCAUGCUAGGCUUUACUUAUAACCAUUACAGAAUUACUAGUAAACUGCAAUAACAUUUUUCUUUUUAAAUUGUUAUAAACAGAAUUUCAUUUAUUUAAUGUAUACUCUAGAAUUAAAUA